UACUGGCAUGACUUCCAACUGGUGUGGAACCCGGAGGAUUAUGGAGGAAUUAUGAUGAUCAAGAUUAGCCACACCCACGUCUGGGUUCCAGAUGUGGUCUUGUUUAACAAUGCGGAUGGCAAGUUUGAGGUGUCCUACAAUCCGAAUUGUGUUGUCAGAUUUAAUGGAGAUGUGAACUUUAUCCCUCCAGCAAUCUAUACCAGCUCCUGUACAAUCGAUGUGAGAUACUUCCCCUUCGACCAGCAGGAGUGUGAGAUGAAGUUUGGGUCAUGGACUUUUGAGGGCAAGACACUAGUUUACAAAUUCCAAGAUUCCAUCAACAACAUCAUUCUCACAGACUACAUGAAGAAUGGCGCCUGGGAUAUAAUUGAUGGUCCCGGCCGUAUUACCACUGUGAACGAUUCCAUCACUGGACAGCCCAAGCAGAUGAUUGUGUAUGUGCUGAAGCUGAGGAGAAAGACACUGUUUUACACAGUCAACCUGAUCAUUCCUUGUUUCCUGCAUGCGAUGGUGUGCCUGUGUGUGUUUGUGCUGCCAGCUGGUGGCGGAGAGAAGAUCACUUUGGUGAUAUCAGUUCUUGUGUCUCUGGUUGUGUUUUUACUCAUGUUGCAAAAGAUUCUACCUCCAUCUCUCACAAUCCCACUCAUUGCCAAGUAUUUUAUUUUUACGUUUACAAUGAAUGUGCUAGAGAUUCUAGUCACCGUAUUCAUCAUAUGUGCACACAACAAAACAGCACGUAUGGCCAUUAUGCCCAGGUGGAUGUGCUGGUUGUUUUUGUAUAAACUUCCCAAAUAUUUAUGUAUGGAACGACCAGAUCAUGACAGUCGCUGGCAUCAAAAAAGCUGUACCCCUCCACCAUCCUAUCCAGCCACACCACAGGUAAUCUGGCUUUACUGUAAGCUUCUACUUCUUUUUAUUACUGUUCUUGAUGACUGGAAGUAUGUGGCUGCAGUACUUGACCGGCUUCUAAUGGUUAUCUUUAUUCUUGUCUCUCUUGGAGGGACAUUAGGGGUCCUUAUCAACACCCCACAUCUAUUGGAAACUGUUAAUCAAGAUGAGAUUAUAGCUAGAAACAACCCACAUGGCUGA